GCAGGCGGCACUGUGGCUUACCUCAGCGUAGCCCCGGUGAGAGCGUGGACUAACGAACGCCUCCUGUGCUGAAUCAUUACUGCCUGUGUCGAUGAGUAGCGUAAGAGACGCUUCUGGAGGAUACAAGGAUCACUGCUGAGAAAAAUGACAGCUGGCUCUGUCUCAGUUCCUCAGGUCAUACCACUUCGAAUCCCUCUUCCAGGGAAGGCUAAACAUGAAAUAGACACAAAUACUCUCAUAGAAAUAAAAUCAGAUACACCUGAGGUCUCUAUUUAUUACACUUUAGAUGGAAGUAAACCAGAACUCAUUAGGAAACCUGGCUAUGGAGAGCAUAACACUUUUAAGUAUAAGGGUCCUAUCAUAUUACCAGUUGGGAAAAUAAUGGUCAAGGCACUGGCAGUUACAAAGGACUGCAGGGAGAGUACAGUUGUCACAAAGGUGUUUCUGGUGGAGCAAAAGCAACCAAACAUCCUCUUCUCUGUUGAAGACAGUGACAAGAAUUUCCUAAAAGAUAUCGCCACACAGGAGAGGGAAGGUAGAAUGUUUACUACAAAACCAAGGAAGAAUGGAGUGAAUGUGGAAAUCAAGCCUGCCUGGAGUGAAGCACCCCAAGAUUUUCAAGACUUGGAAAGAGAAAGAAAGACUACUCGCAGGUCCCUGCAAGGACGACAGCUCCCUGCCAGUCAUUUGGAAACAACAGAGUACAGAGAGGAAUACAUCUCAGCACUACCAAUAGAGUCGUUACAGUUUGCUAGUUCUUCUGCAGUGACUAGCCAGAAAAGCUUAGCAAGCACACAGGUGUCAAGGAUCCAGAGGGAAACAGAUUUCCUCAAAUGUGGACAUUGUUCUGCACCCCGCCUGUCAGACCCCUUGGCCCACUUCUGUCAGGAAUGUGGAUCUCCCAUCCCACCUGUGCCAGUACAUCACUUCCUACCCCCUGAAAGAGCGCAGAUGGCACCAUGUCUUGAAUGCAGACACCUUGUGCCAAUGAAUACGCCCACUUGUAUUGUAUGUGAGUCACCAAUAGCUCCACAGCUGCAACCCCAAACCAAAAUCUGCAUAAAGGGCAAAAUAAUUUGUCAGGCGUGUGGUACAGGAAAUCCUCUUCACCAUAAACACUGCGUGACUUGUGAAAGCAAACUGCCUGAAAUACAGACGCCCAUGUUUGGAGGAGACACCCCCCCGCCUUACCACAACCAGCGAAGGAAGACAGUUUCGUGCUCAAAAUGCAAUCGUGUUAACCAAUGCGAUGCCCGUUUCUGUGACUGGUGUGGAGCCAAGCCUGGACCUCCUCCAUCCUACUUUACUUGUUUCAAGUGUGGUUCAAACAACCAUCCAUACGCUCGCUUCUGUUGGUCCUGUGGUGUUUACAUAGAGCCCUCAUCAAGGGUGGGUUCUCAGAAUGGCAGUCUCAUGGGUGCUGGGGACUCACUGGGGUUUUCUGAGGCUAAACGAUUUCAAGCUCAAGUUGCCUGGCAGCCUCUUCCUAUUUCCUUGCCCAAAUCAAGGGCAGAACUAAAAGAAAGAGAAGAUAAAGGAACCCAAACCAUUGGACUUUUUUACCCAUCUAGCAAACUGUUGGAAAAGAAGGAGCUUGAGCUGAUUUCACAAAAAGAAAAGCUGGAAAAGAUGAGUGAUCAUAAGCCUCUCCUGACAGCCAUUAGUCCUGGAAAAGGUUAUUGGAGAAAACAGCUGGAUCACGUCUGUGCUCACCUUAGAAGCUAUGCUCAGAACAACCUUGAAUUCAGAGCACUGAUUGGAGAACCUCAAAUGGGAAAGAUUAAUUCUGCUACCAUCUGUGAGGAUGACUAUGAAGUCACUAUUACAUUGAAUUACGCUCUUGCUGUUAACAAGGAUAUUCAUACUAAUAAACCAGUGAAGUUCAGCAAUCAUUACCUGAAUACUGUAACAGAAGUCAGAGAUGGACAAGAUGGCAGUCAGACUAGUUUUGGCAAAGAUGAUGAUAAUCUUUUCCAUUCAAGAGGCAAAAUAAAGAGAACAAAGUCAAGAACACUUACAGAAACAGAAGAUAAGCUCCCCCCAGAGUCCAGACAACUACUGGACGAACUGGGUCCAAAUGGGAAAGGAAGAAUCACCUUGGUAGAAAAAUUGCUCAGUGAAGGAGCUGACCCAAACUGCACCAGCGAUGAGGACCGACCUGUUCUCACAGUUGCUGUCCUUAACAAGCAUGCAGAAGCAAUCUCCCUUCUCGUGCAGAAAGGUGCUGACAUCGACCAGCAGUCAGGAUUGCACAACAACACUGCUCUCCAUGAGGCAGUUCUACUUGGAUUGGAGGGAGAGGAGUGCAUCCGAGUGCUGUUAGGCUGCAAUGCAAGCAUAAAAAAGAAGAAUGCAAAAGGGCAAUCGGCAUAUGAUUUGGCUGUUACAGCUGGAAAUAAUGAAGUUAUUUCAUUGUUCGCAAGUAUGCUUGGACAGGGAACGUUGGACAAACUUACGAAACCCAGGAACACUGGUCUCAUUAGCAUGUGAUUGCAACCGACUUUUCCCCAAGACGGAGCUGGAGGCUCUUGGAGUUUGGGAGCACCUAAGCGCACAUGUCUGGUUCUGCCUGCAGACUUCACAACCCUAUACAAUCAACUCAGGCCCCGUAACAGCCAACGAUUUUGUACAAGA